AUGGCACCUUCAAGAGCACCCGCAGGACAAGGUCUACACAUGACCACCACAACACUCAAGGUGGAGGGUAUGACAUGCGGCGCUUGCACAUCGUCUGUAGAGGCGGGCUUCAAGGAUGUGGAUGGUGUGGGCAAUGUAUCAGUCAGCCUGGUCAUGGAGCGAGCAGUGGUUACACAUGAUGGAAACAAGAUUAGUGCGCAGCAGAUACGGGAUAUCGUAGAGGAUAGAGGCUUUGAUGCGGAAGUACUCAGCUCGGAUGGUCCGGAGACGGUGCUCUUUGAUGUCGAGGACGAUGAGGAGACGGAGCAGAUACUCGGUACUGGCUUGUCUACAACGACUCUGUAUGUUGGCGGCAUGACUUGUGGCGCGUGCACAUCUGCUGUGGAGGGAGCAUUCAGGAAUGUCCCAGGCAUAACCAGCUUCAGCAUAUCACUCUUAUCAGAACGAGCUGUCAUCGAACAUGACGCCAGCAUAAUGUCACCCGAAAAAUUGGCCGAGACGAUCGAGGAUACUGGAUUCGAUGCCGAAGUAGUCGAGACGAAGGCAGCCGAACCCGCCAAAAGCAAGACUCGAAGUCGGCAGAAUUCAGUGAGCAGGAAAACGAUGACUACGACCAUUGCGAUCGAAGGUAUGACGUGCGGCGCAUGUACUUCUGCCGUUGAAGGCGGGUUCAAGGAUCUGGACGGGCUGGUCCAAUUCAAUAUUAGUCUGCUUGCAGAGCGAGCAGUCAUUGUCCACGAUCCGGAGAAGCUCACGCCUGCGCAAAUCGCUGAGAUCAUCGAAGAUCGUGGUUUCGAUGCUAGUAUCAUCUCCAGUGUCGAGGAGGGCGUACAGACUUCUUCAUCAUCGAACGCGACCGUGCACUUGAAGGUGUAUGGGCUACCUAGCCCCGAAGCUGCGGCGGACCUCCAGGUCAGUCUGGGUAAUAUGUCCGGCAUCGUCUCGGCGAACAUUAAUUUCAGCACGACUCGCGCCACGAUUGUAUACACGGCUAGUCAAAUUGGUCUGCGAGUCAUCGUGGAAAGUAUCGAGAAAGCUGCAUAUAAUGCUCUCGUAGCAGACUCGGACGACAACAACGCACAACUGGAAUCUCUCGCCAAGACCAAGGAGAUCCAGGAGUGGUGGCGCGCUUUCAAGACUUCGCUGAGCUUCGCUAUUCCCGUGUUUCUGAUCAGUAUGAUAUUUCCAAUGUUCAUACCCUUUCUGGACAUUGGCCGCAUGAAUGCGUACGGGAUAUGGCUAGGUGACAUUAUAUGCCUCGUACUGACAAUACCAGUCCAAUUUGGCAUUGGCAAGCGCUUCUACAUCUCAGCAUUUCGUAGUAUCAAGCACGGCAGCCCGACCAUGGACGUCCUGGUCGUCCUCGGCACAAGCGCGGCUUUCUUCUUCAGCUGCGCUGCGAUGCUCGUCAGCUUUUUCACCCCUCCGCACUCUCGUCCUGCGACGACUUUCGACACGAGCACCAUGCUCAUCACCCUCAUUUUGCUCGGCCGCUUUCUAGAGAACAGAGCCAAGGGUCAGACGUCUAAGGCUCUCAGCAGACUUAUGACUCUUGCGCCUAGCACGGCUACGAUCUACGCUGAUCCCAUUGCUGCCGCUAAAGCUGCUGAGGGGUGGGAGGCGCGUGGAGAGUUGCAGGAGAAAGGGACAGAGGAAAAGCAGACUAAUGGUCAAAGUAUGGAAGAGAAAACUGUCCCCACCGAACUCAUCGAGGUAGGCGAUAUCGUCAUCCUCAAACCUGGCGAUAAGAUCCCCGCCGACGGGAUCGUGACGCGAGGUGAGAGCUAUGUAGACGAAAGUAUGGUCACUGGCGAAGCUAUGCCGAUCCUCAAGAGACCCGGCUCCGCUCUCAUGGCCGGCACGGUCAAUGGUGCAGGCCGCGUGGAGUUCAAGGUCUCCCGUGCCGGGCGAGAUACCCAGCUCAGCCAGAUCGUAAGACUGGUGCAGGAGGCGCAGACGAGUCGGGCACCUAUUCAACGAAUGGCUGAUGUGGUGGCCGGGUAUUUUGUCCCGGUCAUUAUCACGCUGGGACUAUCGACUUUCGUGGGCUGGAUGGUGCUCUCGCACGUCCUGCCUUCGCCGCCCAAGAUCUUCCUCGCCGAGGCUUCGGGCGGGAGGUUGAUGGUUUGUGUGAAGCUUUGUAUUGCGGUUAUCGUCUUUGCGUGUCCUUGUGCGCUGGGGCUUGCGACGCCGACGGCGGUUAUGGUGGGCACGGGGGUCGGUGCUGAGCAAGGGAUUCUGGUCAAAGGUGGGGCGACGCUGGAGACGGCGACGAAGAUAAGGCAUAUUGUGCUUGAUAAGACGGGGACUUUGACGAUGGGGAGGAUGAGCGUGGCUAGUGGGGAUUUGGUGGGCAGGUGGAAUGGGAGUUCGGAGCAGAGGUUGUUGUGGUGGAAUAUUGUGGGGUUGGCGGAGGGGAGUUCGGAGCAUCCUAUUGCCAAGGCUAUACAUGUUGGGGCGAAGGAGAGGUUAGGCUUGGCGGUGGAUGCUACGAUUGAUGGGAGCGUUGGGGAUUUUCAGGCUGUUGUUGGCAAGGGCCUGACUGCUACGGUUGAGCCCAGUGCUGCGGUUGGACGGCAGAGGUAUCAGGUUGUUAUUGGGAAUACCUCGCUCCUCCGCGGCCAUGGCGUUGAUGUGCCGAAAUCACCUGAGGACGAAUAUGAUGAAGAUACUCGCCGGAACAGCCAGAGCGUCCAGAGAGCAACGAACUCCAAGGGUGGCGUCUCAGCUGGCAUCACCACGAUCCAUGCCGCCAUCGACGGCGAAUAUGCCGGCUCUAUCGCUCUAGCCGAUACCCUGAAACCCUCUGCCCGCGCCUGUAUCGCCGCCUUGACCGACAUGGGCAUAGCCACCUCCCUCGUCACCGGCGACCAAGCAGCAACAGCGCACCACGUUGCCUCUCUCGUCGGCAUCCCGGCCUCUAACGUCCACGCCGGCGUCUUACCUUCGGGCAAACAAUCCAUCAUCGAAGACCUCCAGCGCUCGGGAAUAGUAGUAGCCAUGGUCGGCGACGGCAUCAACGACUCCCCUGCCCUCGCCACGGCCAACGUCGGCAUCUCCCUCGCUUCGGGAACGGACGUGGCGAUGGAAGCGGCGGAUAUUGUGCUCAUGAAACCGAACCAGUUGAUGGAUAUUCCCGCCUCGCUUCACCUGAGCAGGACGAUUUUCAGGCGGAUCAAAUACAAUCUCCUUUUCAGCUGUGUGUACAACGCUGUGGGGAUCCCGAUCGCAAUGGGUUUCCUGCUGCCGUGGGGGAUUACCCUCCCGCCUCUUGCGGCGGGGGGCGCGAUGGCGUGUUCGAGUGUUACGGUCGUUGUUAGUUCGCUUAUGCUUAAGUUGUGGAGGCGGCCCGGGUGGAUGGUCGAAGGCGAGUUGGUGGAGGCGGAGGAGAUUAGACGUUCGAUGAAGAGGAGGAUGAUGGGGGUUUGGGAGAGGGUGGGUGGGGUGAGGGAUGUGGUUAUGGGGAGGAAGAGGAGGGGGGCGGAGGGUCAGAGGGGUGCUUAUGUGCCGUUGGAGAAUUUCGAGGCGGUUUGA